UGUAACAUUACAUUAGAAAAAAAAGUUUGUGGGAGCAUUUUUAAUCAAUGCAUUUUCCUGAUGGCUACAUAGGGAUUUUUCUGAUUUAAAAAGAAGAAGCAUGUCAGGAAACUCCGGGUGCCCCUUUUUUCUCUGGGGACUUCUAGCCUUCUUGGGUUUGGCUCUGGUUAUAUCGCUGAUCUUCAACAUUUCCCACUAUGUGGAAAAGAAGCGGCAAGAUUAUAUGUACAGAUACUCUGAUGACUACAUUCCCAGGGUUGAUGAAGAUUAUAUUGAAGACACACCAAUUUAUGGUAACUUAGAUAAUAUAAUCCCAGAACCAAUAGAUGAAAACUGCUAUGAACAAAUGAAAGCCCGACCAGAGAGAUCUAUAAAUGAGAUGCAAGAAGUCCCCCCAUCUACACAGGCAACUACUGAAACACAGAUGUUUUAUGCCUCACUCGAUCACAGCUUUAAGGGGAAGUGCAGAAAGCCCAGGAAACAGAACACUCAUUUGUCAGACAAGGAUGAAAAUGAGCAAUCACACGCGAUGGAUGCCAGCAUUACUGAGGCCACUUUGGUAGACAGUUUCUCACCAGAGAGCCAGGAAAUAGAGGAAAAUAUUCAUGAUGACCCUGUUAGACUCUUUGGAUUGAUUCGUGCUAAGAAAGAACCUAUACAAUAGUUGGAUGAAGACCUAACCUAGUGAUUGGGCUCUUCUUGGGGAUGGUUGUUUAGAAAACACUGAAAGACCUGGCAGGAAGACAAUCUGAUCAUUUGUUGUGAUGAUGGCUUACUUCUUAUCCAGAGCUUUUGUUCAUGUUUUGUUCAAGGUUAAGGCCAUGAAAAUUAGUCAUUUGAAUUCAUUU